UGGCAGGGGCGUGGCCGACGGUGAGCGGCGGAACAUGGCGGAGUGCGGGAGGAAGCGGCCCUGCGGCCCGGGUGAACAUGGCCAAAGAAUCGAGUGGCGAAAAUGGAAGCAACAGAAGAAAGAGGAGAAAAAGAAGUGGAAGGAUCUCAAGCUGACAAAGAAAUUGGAGCGACAGCGGGCACAGGAGGAACAGGCCAAGCACCAGGAGGAGGAGGAGGAGGCAGCUGCACAGAGGAAGGACCGGGGACAGUACUACACCCUGAGUGUGGCCCUGCCAGGCUCCAUCCUGGACAAUGCCCAGUCGCCUGAGCUUCGCACCUACCUGUCUGGCCAGAUUGCCAGAGCCUGUGCCAUCUUCUGUGUGGAUGAGAUUGUGGUGUUCGAUGAGGAGGGCCAAGAUGCCAAGACUGUGGAGGGGGAAUUCACAGGAGUUGGCAAGAAGGGGCAAGCGUGUGUACAGCUGGCCCGGAUUCUGCAGUACCUGGAAUGUCCACAGUACCUGAGAAAGGCGUUCUUCCCCAAACACCAGGAUCUGCAGUUUGCAGGGCUCCUGAACCCCUUGGACAGCCCCCACCACAUGCGGCAGGAUGAGGAGUCUGAGUUCCGAGAGGGUGUCGUGGUGGACCGGCCCACCCGGCCAGGCCACGGCUCCUUUGUCAACUGUGGCAUGAAGAAGGAAGUGAAGAUUGACAAGAACCUGGAGCCUGGACUUCGGGUGACAGUGCAACUGAACCAAAAGCAGCUCCCAGAAUGCAAGACCUACCGUGGAAGAGUUGUGUCAUCACAGGACCCUCGCACCAAAGCUGGGCUCUACUGGGGCUACACCGUCCGACUGGCCUCCUGCCUCAGUGCUGUAUUUGCUGAGGCCCCUUUCCAGGAUGGGUACGACCUGACCAUCGGGACAUCAGAGCGUGGCUCGGAUGUCGCCUCUGCCCAGCUUCCCAACUUCAGGCAUGCUCUCGUAGUGUUUGGGGGCCUCCAGGGACUGGAAGCUGGAGUGGAUGCUGACCCUAACCUGGAGGUGACUGAACCCAGUGUCCUCUUUGACCUGUACCUCAACACCUGCCCUGGCCAGGGCAGCCGCACCAUCCGCACUGAGGAAGCCAUCCUCAUCUCCCUGGCUGCCCUGCAGCCUGGCCUCACCCAGGCAGGUGCCCGGCCCACCUGAAGGUUCUGUCGGCUCC